AUGGAGAAUUUUAAACUUUUUAGUUAUGGGUUUAUACAUUUUAAUAAUGUACAAGAAAAAGACAAUUUCUUUUACAGUGUAAGAGGAGCUAAAUUUAAAAUUGAAGAGGAGAAAAAUAUUACUGUUAAAUUUCAACCUAUCAAGAGAAAGAGUAACGAAUCUCUUCAUAGCGAAUACCGUAAUAAACCUGGUUCUACUUGGCAACCAUAUUAUAACCUUUAUGAUGAUAGUUCCCAUUUCAUCAUUGUUCUUUGCCUUCCUUCUAUUACAAAUAAGGACGAAAUCAAAUUAUUCACGGAAGGCGAAGAAAAUAUAAUAAUUUCCGGAGAAUAUAAAGAACUCGAUUUUGCAGGAAGCAUUUUAAAAAAAUCGAUACCGGUCGGCGAUUUCGAAUAUGUUAUAACAUUACCAUCAAAAAUUGAAUUAACUAGUAAAGUAAAAAUAGAAAAAAUAGAAAAUUCAAAUAUGUUUAAAUUUGUAAUAAAAAAAUCACAAGAAAAUAAACGAAUAAAGCUUGAUGUUGAAUAA